UUAACUCCCCUUAUUUUUUUAUUCAAAAAAAAAAAAAAAAAAAACAAAGAAAAUCUGGGAUUGGUUGAAACUGGCAUGGCCCCACACAAUCAGCCUCUCCUCCAUCGGUGAACCCACGCCCAAGUUCAACCCCGAAUCGGGAUCCCGCUUUGAUGGCGGCGGUGUUCCCGAUCGGGGAAUGCCAUCACCGAACACCCUCCCCGAAGGCGCCCCGGACACCCUAACCAAGUCAAAAGUUUUAAAAAACCCAAGGUUAUUUUAGUCACUACCUAUUUAAAAGGCAAUAGGCGGGUAAUAUCCGGUCCUUAAAUUCCGUAUAUUUUUUCGGGUUCGGAUAUUCUCAAUCAGUGAUUAUUGGAGCAGAUAACCAAUUCUUUCGAAUCAUCUCAGUUUUCCUGAAAAAGGGAAGUUGGUCUCUUUAAAUGGAGGGUGUCGAAACAAAAUCAUUCUCACUAGUUGAAGGUAGUCAGAUUGGUUCCAAAUUUUCUACCUGCCUCGCCGAAAACGUUGAAGGGUUCCAGCAGUGUGUUAAAGAGAUCCUUAAGCUGAUAGAACAAGAUGGCAAUCUAUCUGAAACAACAUCUGAAUUUUGUGAUGGCAAGAAGUCGAAGUUAACGACGCAUGUAGCUGAGUUAUCGCGUAUGCACGCAGUGUUGGUCGAUCAACAUGCUCACUUAAUUGGAGAAUUCAGCAAGGACUGCGAAUCCAAGAUCGAAAAACAGUAUCUCGAUUCUUAUGAUUCAAGCUCUCCGCAAGUUACUCAAAUGUUUACGCCUGAUAAAACGAGCAACACACGUAAAUGUAGGACACCUAUCGGUUUAGAUGCACUUUUGAGCUCUGGUGGCGGUGGUUCGUAUGCUUCUAGAAGAGAAGGCUCAGAGUCUUCCUUUUCGUUAUCAUCAGAUUCUGAUUCGGAAUCUUUCAUGUCUAUUAACAAGCUUCGUAUUUCUCCGGUCAACGAUGAUGCAUUGAAGGUCAAAGAAACCAAGGCACCUGAGGUUCAAACUUUAGUCGACGAAAAUACUAACUUGAAGGAAUGCAAUCGAAGAUUGCAAGAGGAGGUAUCCAUAUACGUAGCUGAUAUAUCAGUUCGUAACGAUCAAAUCACAGAACUGAGCAGAAAUCUUGAUCAGUCAAUGUCGGAUAUCGGAAGGCUGAAAAUGGAAGUAAGUGAGAAAUGUCGGUCAGUUAACGAUUUGAAUAAACACUUGGACUCUUUGAAGUUAAAGAAAGAUGAAGUUACUGCUAAGGUUGAUACGCUUCGAGCUGAGAAGCGUUCUCAGGACAAUUUAGUCAGAGAACUGGAGACCUGUUUGAAUUCGAUACAAGUUGAGCAUGUGGGGGUACUUUCGUCUUUUGAUAAUGCACAAGAAGUUAUAGAUGAACUAAAACUGAAAGUGAUGGAACUGGAAAGAGAAGUGGUAAGGCAACGGGAAGUUAUAUUCGAUACAGCCGAGGAGAAAAGGGAAGUUAUUAGGCAGCUAUCUUUCUCACUGGAACAUUACAUGUCCGGAUACAAACAACUUCGCCAAGCGUUCAUUGGCAACAAAAAGCAUGUUGUUUUGACUUUUUAAGUUGACCAAGUACACAAUGGGUCAACACGGUUAGUAGUCCCUCGGGUCCUUUAUGUAUAACUAAUAACCUUCAAAUCAUCUGGUUUGGGAUAUUUGGUUCUUUCUUUUGCUUGUAAAGUCCGGACAUUAGAUGAAUGUUAUGCAUCCAUUAUUCUCAUAAAUUUGAAUGUGUUUCUUUAA